UGCUGCAGAGAGCUUGAGUUUGUUGCUGACUUCCUUGGAGAGAUGGCCAGGACCAAGCAGACCGCCCGUAAGUCCACCGGUGGCAAAGCGCCGCGGAAGCAGCUGGCCACGAAGGCUGCGCGUAAAAGCGCUCCGGCCACGGGUGGCGUGAAGAAGCCUCACCGCUACCGUCCGGGCACGGUGGCGCUGCGCGAGAUCCGGCGGUACCAGAAGUCUACUGAGCUUCUGAUCCGCAAGCUGCCCUUCCAGCGCCUGGUGCGCGAGAUCGCGCAGGACUUCAAGACGGACCUUCGCUUCCAGAGCUCUGCGGUGAUGGCUCUUCAGGAGGCGAGCGAGGCUUACCUGGUGGGUCUGUUCGAAGACACGAACCUGUGCGCCAUCCACGCCAAGCGGGUCACCAUCAUGCCCAAAGACAUCCAGCUCGCCAGGCGCAUCCGCGGGGAAAGGGCUUAAAAAAACUAUAUUCCAGUUUAUUUCGACAAACUCGUAACAACCCAAAGGCUCUUUUAAGAGCCAC